AUGUCUGCGCCUAUGAAGGGGCCAUUUGCAGAAAGCUUCGCUGCCGCUGCCGCUGCCGCUGCCUCCGCGCAUCCCGCCGCCUCCGCCAGCGCCGGUUUUGCGGCGAAAAAGGGAGGCGGAGCUUGCGCGAGCGGCGCUGGCGCAGCCACUGUGGGCGGAAGGGCGGACGGGAUUUCCGCGGGCGGAGCGGAGCGCGGAGGCGCGCAUGCUGUGGCGCAACCGUCCGCGAAUUUCCACGCGUACAAGGCGGAAUUCCAAGGCACCGCUUUGCGCGUCUACGUGCCUAAAGACCUGGGUAAGGGCCAAAGUGUGCUUCAAACUAUUCCAUCCUUCUCCGCGGUCCAUCCUUCCGCUCGCCCUUCCACCUUUCCGUCUACCCGUUCUUCCUUCCGCCGUCGGCGCAGCUCGGGCAGCCACUUGCGCCUACGCGGCUUCCGCGCACUUUCCGCGCCUCCCGUCAAUCUUCCUCUGGCCUUCCGCCGGUUCCACCGUCCCACCCCCGCGCCCUCUCUUUCGUCCCGCGCCUUCGCCGUUCCGCCCCCUCGUGUGUUACGCGCAGGCGGAAGGUGCAUCCGCGAGUGCUUGCGCUUCCAGUUGGGCGGAGAUAACGGCAUCGGCAAGGCGCUGGAACUCGGCAACAGCCGGUCGUCGUUCAAGGGGAGUCGCGACAAGAUCAAGGAGGGCAAGAAUCUGAUGUCGGUGAUAUCGCUGCGCGAGGCGCUGGGCUUUCUGGACCGCACAACCAAGGACCGCGCGCGCGCGCAGCACAUGAAGCGCUUCAUCCACGACGUCGUCGUCCCCAAACUGGAGCGCGGGGAGCUCCCCCCGUGGGGUGGCGGAGCCCAGCGCGCGCCCGACCACCCGGGGCUGGACGAGUUCAUCCGCAAGCUCAUCCUCGCUACAGAGAAGCUCGAGUCUUGCUUGCAGCACAAGGAGGUGGCGGGGUACCUGGCGGAGCUGAAGCGCGCCGUGCGCGCCAAGGGCGAGCGGGACGUGCGCGUGGUGCUCGUUGGGGGGGCGGGCGCGGGGAAGAGUCACCUGGGGAACCGACUCGUCUGCCCUGUGCGGCGCAUGGAGCACGCGGAUCCCAGUCACCUGCGCGCCACUCUCCUCUCCCGCUCCCCCGCCGCGUACGAGUCUCUUGUGGCGUCCCUGGUCGACUCUCUCGCCCUCUCUGACCCUGCUGCCGCCGCCGCUGCUGCUGCUCUUGGGAAUACCGCCACCAGCACCGCCACCGGCGGCAUCGCCACUGGAAGCACCAGCAGCACGAACGGCACUGCGGGCGCCACUCCGACUGCUGCCUCCUCCCGCGCGGCGCACCACCUCCGCGUGUACCUCCGCGAGUGCUUCGGCUGCGCGAUGGUGGACGGCAGGAUUCGUCUGGUAGCGCCGGAAGUGGUGAAGCUGCCCGAGGUGGUGAUAGGGGGGGUGGUGGGGAAGGCGGAGGUGGAGGCGGCGGAGGGGGGGGUGUUUGGGCGCAUGCAGAUGCUGGCGGGGAGUGUUGCUGCGAGGCUCACAGAGGGGCAGCGCCUGGCUGUGGAGGCUCUGCUGCUGGAGUCGCCUGCUAUUGGGUUGCCUGCUGGUUACACCCUCUUCGAUGUGCGUUCUGCUGCUGCUGGUUGUGCUGCUGCUGCUGCUGCUGCUUGUAUUUUCUGCGUGUGUUGCUCGUGUAUAUGUGCCUGCUGCUCUUGGUGCGCAUGCCCCUAUUCCCCUCAUCCCUCGUCCUGCGCCCUCUUCCCCUGUACACCUCCCCCACCUUCCUCCCCGCUUUCCCCCCCCCCACCACCCAACCAGACGCCCGGCGCGCCCAGCGUAUCCGCCUCGCCAGCCCUCCAGCAGCUGCUGCAGCGCGCGGACGUCAUUGUGCCCUGCUCCGCGCGCCAGCCCCUCUCUGACCGCCUCAUCCGCGCGCUGCUCUGGCCAGGGCUCUUCUUCCGCCCCCGCCCCCCGCUCUUCCUCAUCCCGCUAGAUUACUGCACCGUGGGCGCAGGGGGAAGCACGGGGGGAGGCGCGGGGGGAGGGGCAGGCUGUGGGGAAGGUUGGGAUUGGGGCGGUGGGGGAGGGGAUGCGUGCAGCGGCUGUGGGUGUGGGUGCGGUGCUGGUCCCAGAGAGAGCAGCAAUGGAAAGGCAUGGGGCAAAACGGCAGCAUGGCCGGCAGGAAUGAGUGGAUCUUCCCCGUCCCUUGACUUACCCUUCUCUGCUGCCUUCGGUGCUCCUGCUAACGGCAGCACCGGGAGCGGCACAGGCGGCGGCAGUGGGUGCGGGAGCGGUGCUGGUGUUGGUGUUGGUGUUGGUGGUGGGAGUGGGAGUGGGAGUGGUGGUGGUGGGGUGAGUGCAGGGCCGCAUGCGGACGAGCGGCGGGCGUAUUUCCGCGCACGGUUUGCGAGUGUGGCGCGGUGUGGGGCGCUGGCACCGUGUGUGGACGUGCACCAGAGGGCGCAGCUCAGCGCUCACCUCGCCCACACGCUGCAAGUGCUGCCCCCCGGAGUUCUCUCCUUCCAGGAGCACCCAGUGCUGCAGUCGCAUGUGUUGCAGCAUGACAAUCAGAUGCUGCUGUGGGCAGCCACUACCCUCGCCUUCACUCUCAAUGGCCUCCUCACUCGCCACGGGCUGCUGCCUAACCCACACAGCAACGCCCACCACGGCAGCAACAGCAACAGUGGCGGCAAGAAUAACAGCACCGGGAGCGGGAACGGCAGCGGGAGUAGCAAUAGCAAUGCCAGCGGCAGUAGCAUCAAGAGGAGCAGCAGUAGUAUUAACGUGAAGGAUAGCACUGAGAGCAACAAGCUCGGUGGUAACGGCGCCAGAUCAACCGACUUAACUAUCGGCAGCAGCAUGCCUCCUCUCUCUCCUCCUCCCCUCCUGCCUCCCACUGCGCCUCCUGCUUCAUCCGUGCCUUCUCUACCCUCCCUUCCCUCCACGCCUUCCCCGUCGGAAACCUCUUCCGACCUCCCAUGGAAUCUGCUCCUCUCUGCCGCUGCUCACACUCUCUCCCAUGCGCCACCGCACCAUAUACCACCGCAUGGUACCGCACCGCACCAUGCACCACCGGUGCAUACUCCUACGCAGUCAUCUUCGCUCCUGUCUGCUGCUCCUCCGGGAAAGUCCGAACCUCUCUUCUCAUCCCCAUCUUCUCACCAGCUCCUUCCGUUCUUCUUUCCCGGAAGCAGCAACACCAGCAACGGCGGCAGCACCAGCAGCAGCAGCAAGAGCAUCGCCAACACCCCUCCCGCUGGUAGCAGCAGCGCCGCCGCAUUCAGCAGUAUCCCAGGCAGCUGCAGCAACGCCAACCGCACAGACGCUCUGAGCGCCACCUUUGCAGCGGAAGCCCACUGGGAGCACGUGCGGUUCAAGAGCGAGCAGUGCUUCCUCUCCGCCUUCCGGGAGGAGAUCAACCAACAGCUGGACGCGUUGCGCUGCGAGGUGCAGGAUUACUUGGAGACGUGCGCGUGGGCGAGCGAUGGGAGUGAGCGGUGGUGGCGCCGCAUGGCGUCGUUUGUGGUGGGAGCGAUGAGGCAGUCGUUUGAGGGGCUGGGCGAUGUGGCGUGUGCGCUCAUGCUGGAUGAGCAGGAGGCCGCCAUUGCCAUGCUCACGUCUUCUCUGCAUGCACACCCCCCGCCUCCCAUGCACACACCCGUGCCCUGCCACUGUUUGCUGUCCACGCUUCUGGUUUCCAUCCCUUCUCUCCCGCUCUCUCUCCCCACUUCUCCCUCCCCUCGCCCUUCCCCCAUCCGGCCCCUCUCUUCUUCCCGCAUCGCUUGUUCUGGUUCCACAGUACCCAUCAGAAGCAAAGCACCAACUCUUUCCAUCCUCGGCACCCCCACUCAAUGCCACCUCCCGCCCCGUGUGCUCCCUCCCUCCCGUUUCCGCCUCCCUCUUCCCCCCUGUUUCCUUCUUGUCCCCUCCCUCCCCUCUCCCAACCCCUAUCUUCUUCCCCCUUCACUCCCCUCUCUUCCCUCCCAUCUCCCUUGCAGCAGCAUCCCAUCGGCACCCCCAUCACUACCACCCUCUCCGCAGGAGGGGCAGGAAGGGCAAGAGGAGCGGGGGCAACAGGGGCAGCAGGCGGAGCAAGGGGAGCAAGCGGAGCAGGGGGAGGAAGGGGACAUGCUUCUGAGCACGGCGAGCAGCUUCGUGAUAGCGUCUGAGACGGCGUUGGAUAAGCUGUGGUCUGUCCACCGCUCCUUGGGCCUUGAAGCUGCCCUCCUCUCCCCGCCCCACCUCCCCUCCCCCCCGCACCUGCUCCGCCUGGGGGAGGGAAGGGUGACAGGGAGGGCGGGCGCAGGAGGGGGUGUGGUAGGGGGGCGUGGGAAGGGGAAGGGGGUGGAUAAGGGGAAGGCGCGUGUGGAAGAGGAGGGGUUGACUGGGUGGGGAAGAGGCGCGGGGGAAGGGCUUGGGUGGAACGGCGCUGGGUCUGCCUGUGCUGGUGGUUUAGACUGGGUGGAGAUGGUGGGAGCGAGUGCGGGUACAGAAGCAGCAGUAGCAGUUGCAGGAGCAGGAGGAGGAGGAGCAGGAGUGAAAGGAGAAGGGGAAAGAGAGAUGGGCGCAGGAGUGGGAAGGAUGGGUGGAAUGGGAGGAGUGGGGUGGGCGGGGGACCUGGGGGCAGCAGAGGGAGUGUUGCACGGUAUGGUUCGGCAGGAGUUGGAGCAGGCGUGGCGUCACCACAUGGCUCGCUCCAUAGACGCCACAGCAGCAGCGGACUUUGCUCAGGAGAGCACAGUGCGCCUCUUUGACGCGCCCGCCAGCGUUGCCAUGCGUCUGCGCCACUGGGCGCACCACACCAUGGCCCCCCACGCCCUCUCUCUCGCCCUGCACGUCCUGCACCCCCUCGCCUCCUCCUGCCUCUCAAGCUCGUUUGCCGCCUUGCCUAGCCCUGCUCCUGCUGCGGCUCCUGCAGCAGCUGCUGCUGCUGCUGCGGCUGCUGCUGCGGCUGCUUUGCCCUCUGCUGCAGCUGGUGCGGCUGGCAUGCGUGUGGGGCGAGUGGUAACAGGGGAGGAGGCGAGGGCGAGGAGGGGGGGCAUGGAGGUGGCGAGAGCAGCAGCGGCAGUGAGAGAAGUGGCGCUAGGGCUACCCAUACCAUCUGUGCGCAUGCUUCCACCUCCCCCAGUCCUGCCUGGCCGCCACCCCACAUCGGAUGCCAUCACAAUUAACUACACCACUCCACCCUCUGCUGGGUUGAACGGCCUAGCUGCCAGUUCAGGCGCUGCGAUAAGCACCAGCAGUGCUGCAGCAGCCGCAGCAGCCACAGCAGUGGGAGGAGCAGGCCCAGGAGAAGCAUCAGGCUUAGGCGCAGGCGCAGGCUCAGCAGCAGGCGCAGGCGCUCGUGUCGACAACGCUGCUUGCUCUGUCCGCGCCACUGCCGCCGCCACCGCCGCGGCCGCCGCAGCCGCUGCUGCUGCUGCCCGCGCCUCUCAAGGCCUGCCCCCCAGCCGUCUCCCAGACUCCGGUCCGCCGCUACUCCACCGAAAACUAAAACAAGUUCCUUUGCAAGUCCGACCAGGCCCGGAGAUCAUAUGGGUGACUGAUCUAACAGGCGGGCCGGGAGGCGAGCGGGAUGUGAAGUCGCCGUACUCGUGGCUGGAGUUCACACGGAGUCCUGCGAGAGCAAGGGCGAUACGCGUGGGGCAGUGGGCGGACAUCUUCCUGAACCACUACGAGCAUGUGUGCAAGCAUGCCACGAACGUUGUUGAGCAGAUCUGCCCUCCCAUGUUCUUCAUUUCCAAGGACCCCUUCUCCCCCGCUGCUCUCCGCACCUACGAUCUCCUCUCUGCCUCUUCCUCCUCCUCCGCCCCCUCCACCGCCGCCGCACCCUUCACUCGCACACCCCACCCGGGAGCCCCCGCAACAGCACCCACCUCCAGCAACGCUGCUGCCCGCCCUGCUUCCACUCCCGCUACUGCCGCUGCUAUCGCUUCUACCCACAGCAACGCACCAUCACCAUCCCCAUCCCCGUCACCGCCACCACUAUCACCGCCAUCACCAGCAGAGCCGUUCCUGUACUCGUUCCUGGUGGUGGAGCGGCGGCACAUGCUGGAGGUGCCAGCACAGGUGGCUGCGCGCCUGCCCUGGCACAUGUGGCCGGUGGUUGUGCCCGACCACUCGCACCCCGCUGAGCUCUGCGAGGCUGCCAAGCUUGUUGCAGAGUCCAUGCUCGGCAUGGGGCCCAAGUCGUACGCGCUCAUCCCCUCACACACACGCUUCUACGAAUUCAUCUCAUCGCCCUCGGCUUCAACCACACCAUCACCAUCCCAGCAACAGCAACACCAACAACAACGACACUCCCAACACCCCCAACACCAGCAGCAGCAGGUGGAAUCGGUCGCUCCAAGAGCUCUGCAGUUCGCCCAAGCAGUUCUAGCAGCAGAGCGAGCCGCCAGCCACCGCUCCCUGCAGCACCACAUGGGGGCACGCGAGUUCAAGACAGGCCUCGUAGCACUAGCCAUGGAGGACGCGCAUGGGACCGUGGAGGGGCGCAUGGCGUUUCAUAGGUUUAAUGUGGGGUAUGAUGCGGCGCUUGGGUCGAUUGCACGAGGGGGGAGAGGAGGAGUAGGGGGAGGAGGAGGUGGGAGUGGUGGUGCUGUGUCGGCGGGAGCGCUGCAGAUGAAGAUAGAGGAGCUCUUUGACCCUCUUCUGCCUACUGUGAAGGAGCGGCUAGAGGAGCUCCUGGAAGACGUGCACGCAGUAGCUGCCGUCUCUCUCUCCCACGGCGCCUACGCCCGCCAGCGCCACCUCCUCCUGCGCCUCCACGCAGCCAACUACGAGGCUGGGGGCCCGCCCUCCUCGCUCAUCACGCUCAACGACAUCGAGUCGCAGCGCCCCUUCUCCUACUGCGGGCCGAGCAGGGUUCUCGACGAGGUGCUAGUGCCGCACGCGUGCUCCGAGGAGGAGUUUUUGCAGCAGUGGAGAGCGGUGCAGAAGAUUUUCUUCCUGCAGCUGCUGGAGUGCGGGAGGCGGGUGCUGUGGACGCCGCAGUUCCAUGCUGUUGAUGUCCCGCCUGGGUCCGUGCGGCCCAGUAAAGGGACGCGGCCAGGGGGGCAGUAG